AGAAAACGUGAAUUACGGAAACUCUUAAUUUGGGGUAAUUGUUUCAGCAAGGUAUGCGUGACAACAAAGGGCUGUGUUGCUUCUUGUGUCUCUGUUCCAUCAGAAUUCCAUGAUCUCUUCUUCCGUCACCUUUGACAUCAACGAUUAAGGCUUCAAUUUUCAUGCUCAGGAGAACCCUUUUCUUUGAUUCUGGAUCAUGAUUUUCUAGCCAAAAAGUUGUGUGUGAGGUGUCAACAAGGUGCAUAACUUAUCCUUCUAAGGGUCAAGGGAUCGAAUUGGACAUCUUGGCCCUGCAAUUCCUCGAUUAGUUUCAUAGAAGAUAUUUUUUGGUAUCAUUUGUCUGGUUGUGACAAAUGGGGGCAUCUUCUGACAACGUAACCGGGUUUAUUCUGGCUGUCUCUUCCAGCAUUUUCAUUGGCUCCAGCUUCAUAAUAAAAAAAAUGGGGCUAAAGAAGGCUGGGGCUACAGGGAAAAGAGCAGCUUCGGGAGGGCAUGCAUAUCUCCGUGAACCUUGUUGGUGGUUUGGAAUGAUCUCUAUGAUUGUUGGAGAAAUAGCCAAUUUUGCAGCCUAUGCCUUUGCUCCUGCACUACUAGUAACUCCUUUGGGAGCUUUGAGUAUCAUUUUCAGUGCAGUACUAGCUCACUUUAUACUAAAGGAGAGAUUGCACAUAUUUGGCGUGCUUGGAUGUGCUCUCUGUGUGGUAGGAUCUACAACUAUUGUGUUGCAUGCUCCCCAUGAAAGAGUUAUUCACUCUGUUAAGGAAGUGUGGGAACUUGCUACAGAACCUGGAUUUUUGAUCUACGGCUGCAUAGUUGUGGUUGUGGUUUGCAUCCUUAUUUUCUAUUAUGUUCCACGAUAUGGGCAAAGCCAUCUGAUUGUAUAUGUUGGAAUAUGCUCUCUCACAGGCUCAAUUACGGUUAUGAGUGUGAAAGCAGUUUCAAUAGCUAUGAAGCUUACAUUUGAAGGCAACAACCAAUUCGUUUACUUUCAGACGUGGUUCUUUACAAUUAUUGUCAUAGGAUGUUGUCUUUUGCAGAUUAACUACUUGAACAAGGCUUUGGACACUUUUAACACCGCAGUUGUAUCACCAAUUUACUAUGUCAUGUUUACAUCAUUCACCAUUUUUGCCAGCAUAAUGAUGUUCAAGGAGUGGGACACACAAGAUGCAUCACAAAUUGCUACUGAGGUUUGUGGCUUUGUUACAAUUUUAUCUGGGACCUUUCUUCUUCACAAAACCAAAGAUAUGGGUAAUAAACCCAUACAGACUCCAGUUUUUACAGCUCCAGAGCAUGAGGAUAAUAGCACAGCGACUUGAUAUCCAUGUUGUUUUUAAACUCUAGCCUGGAAAACAGUGGUUUUUCAUCUAUGUUUCCAGACUACAGAGGGUUUUCAAAUCCUAUGAAGAUUAAGCUAUGUAUGAAUUUCAAGAAGAAGGUCAAAGAAUGAGUGGUAUUUCUUGGUUUUAACAAGCUUGUAGUGUCAGGAAAGGCAAAACAGAAAGUAAGAAGUGAUAAAGGUUACAAGAAGCAGACAAUAUUAGAGAUUAAUAUCAUAAUUUAGUUUCCUGUAAUCUUUUCUUACGAUUUUCCUUUUGGCAAUUUCUAUGAGCAGAUGAUUUUUUUGUGAAAUUGUGAAUAGCUAAUACUCUAAAAUUUGUCUUCAUAUGAGAUGACGAUCCUUGAAAUCCAUUUGAAAGUCUUGUUAUGGUCUUCA